AUGGUUCAUUUAGGCCCAAAACCACCUCAACAUAGAAAAGGUACAUUUACCGAUGUGUCACCAGAAUUAUUACUGGUGGUGAAGGAAUUGCAAGAGGAGUUCUCAGUAAGUGGUGAAACUUUGAGAAAAAUCGUUGAUCAUUUCGUCACUGAAUUAGAUAAAGGGUUAUCUAAAAAAGGUGGAAAUAUCCCCAUGAUCCCUGGCUGGGUCAUGGAUUACCCUACUGGUAAAGAAACGGGUGAGUACAUUGCCAUUGAUUUGGGUGGAACCAACUUGAGAGUAGUUUUGGUUAAACUAGGUGGAAACAGAGAUUUCGACACCACUCAAUCCAAGUUCCCCUUGCCAGAGCAUAUGAGAACGGCCAAGAGUGAAGAGCUUUGGUCUUUUAUCGCCGAUUGCUUGAAGAAGUUUGUUGACGAUCUUUAUCCAGAAGGUUGCAAGGAACCAUUGCCUUUGGGUUUCACAUUCAGUUACCCUGCAAGUCAAAAUAGCAUCACCGAAGCGGUGUUGCAAAGAUGGACCAAGGGAUGGGCAAUCGAAGGAGUCGAAGGUAAAGACGUUGCACCCAUGUUGCAGGAUGCUAUCGAGAAAGUUGGUGUUCCAAUUGAAGUAGUGGCAAUUAUCAAUGAUACCGUGGGAACAUUAGUUGCAUCAAGAUAUACCGACCCAGAAGCCAAGUUGGGUUUGAUUUUUGGAACUGGUGUCAAUGGAGCUUACUACGAUGUUGUCAAGGAUAUUCCAAAAUUGGAAGGCAAGACUGCCGAUGACGUGGACCCAGAAUCACCCAUGGCCAUCAAUUGUGAAUAUGGUUCUUUUGAUAACGAAUUAGUUGUCCUCCCAAGAACCAAGUAUGAUGUCAUAGUAGAUAAAGAAUCUCCAAGACCAGGGCAACAAUCAUUUGAGAAAAUGAACUCAGGUUAUUACCUUGGUGAACUUUUAAGAUUGGUAUUGUUGGAUUUGGCUGAAGAAAGAAAACUUAUCUUCAACGGACAGAAAUUGGACAAAUUGGAUGAAUCUUACAUCUUGGACACUUCUUUCCCAGCUAAAAUUGAAGAAGAUCCAUUUGAAAAUUUAGAGGACGUUGCCGAAUUAUUCCAAGCUCAAUUGGGUAUUCAAACCACUGUGCCUGAACGUAAAGUGAUUCGUCGUAUUGCCGAAUUGAUUGGUGAAAGAUCAGCAAGAUUGUCUGUUUGUGGAAUUGCCGCAAUCUGCAAGAAGAGAGGUUACAAGACUGCUCAUUGUGCUGCUGAUGGAUCUGUCUACCAGAAAUAUCCUGAAUUUCAAACCAGAGCAGCCAAGAGUUUAAGAGACAUUUUCGAAUGGCCAGAUGAUUUGAAAGAGGAUCCAAUUGUUAUAGUUCCAGCAGAAGAUGGAAGUGGUGUUGGUGCUGCCAUAAUUGCUGCUUUAACUGAAAGGAGAUUAAAGGAUGGAAAAUCUGUUGGUGUAAAAAAGGCAUAG